AUGAAGGGUUUCGGUUGGGAGCUGCCUAAAUUUGCUGAUCUCAUCCCUCAACUGUACCCUUUUAGAAGGCGGAAAGGACCUUUCUUUGAAAGCCUCUUUCAGUUGCCUCCAGUUGGUUAUCGAAUCAGAGCAUCUCAGUCUUCUGUGCCGAAUUCUGGUGAAGCUAGUAGUUCAAUUCCGAUGCAUCCUCAACCGCUUAAUGUGGCCCCCAUCAGCUGGUAUUCAUCGACACCAGAUAUCAAUGCUGGUUCAGUCUCAGUUGAAGCUAUAACUUUGCCGUCCAAGCGUAGCAACUCUCAGCGGCAUGCUGGGGGUCAGCCUGUAGUGGUUUUAUUUUCUGCUUGUCCAGCCAAAGAGGAGUGGGACAAUCUUAUAAAUCAUGCUAACGGCGGGGUUGCCCUUACUGGAUCGGCUUUGUAUGGAAAGGUUGGGCCAUUCAUGUGUUCAGUUGAUAUAGCUAAAUCUGAAGAUGCUUAUGUGUUCCGUGUUUCACUUCCCGGUGUUGCUAGGGAUGAAC